CAAGAUGGCCGAGAGUACGGGACGAAAGUGAGGGAGGAAACAAAAACAGAGGCGAGCUGUCCGCGCUGCUGAUGUGUGACCUGUAGAGCUCCAGAGUACACGGUACUGCAGAGAUACGAGCCUGGGUGGAGCGGUCCGGAGACGGAUUUUGUGACGGACAUUCGCGUUAUGCCGACAGCCUGUGCUCAGAGGCAGCCCGCUGACAGAGCAUUUGUCAGGUCGUCUGUGGUGGCUAGCUAACGAGCUAACCAUGUUAGCUAGCUGACAACACUGCUGGGAGUUUAAUCGUUUUCAGAGAGUGACAGCAGGACUGAGAAGACAUAUAGGGCUGUUGACGCACCCUAUGACUUACAUGCGGUGUUAGUUGUUGAGGCAUCACUCUUUUAUGCUGGAAAUUGGAGUGAACCUAAUGCUAGUAAAUGGUUACCUCCUCGGUUAGCAAGCUAACAUUGCGGAUUUCUCCGAAUUAGCCAUAGCAGACCGCUAUGAGCUUGGUCAGCUGUUAAAGGCUCCUUGAAGUUGCUUGAAAGAGCAUAGCAGGCUUCGACAAGAGGAACUGGGUUUGAAAAGUCUGCACAACCUAACCAGAAGCAACAGCAGCGGACUGUUUCUCGGACAUCAAAGUUUUUGAUCACUUAUAAACGACCGAGCUGUGUUUACCGACACCGACUGAAGCGUCUGCGAGACCCGCGGUGUGGCGCAGGGAGCAUCACCAUGGCCCACUCUCCAGUGCAGGGCCACCUGCCCGGGAUGCAGAACACUAAAGUGGACCCAGAGGAGCUGUUUACCAAGCUGGAGCGCAUAGGCAAGGGCUCGUUUGGCGAAGUGUUCAAAGGCAUCGACAAUCGCACGCAGAAGGUUGUGGCCAUCAAAAUCAUAGACCUGGAAGAGGCAGAGGAUGAGAUUGAAGACAUCCAGCAGGAGAUCACUGUGCUCAGCCAGUGUGACAGCCCAUUCAUCACCAAGUAUUACGGCUCAUAUCUCAAGGACACAAAGCUAUGGAUCAUCAUGGAAUACUUGGGAGGAGGCUCAGCAUUAGAUUUGAUGGAACCAGGGCCCCUAGAUGAGAUCCAGAUUGCAACCAUCUUGAGAGAGAUCCUGAAGGGCCUGGAAUAUUUGCACUCAGAGAAGAAGAUCCACAGAGAUAUUAAAGCGGCCAACGUGCUGCUGUCUGAGCAGGGAGAGGUGAAGCUGGCGGACUUUGGCGUGGCGGGGCAGCUCACAGACACCCAGAUCAAACGCAACACUUUUGUCGGCACACCGUUCUGGAUGGCACCAGAGGUCAUCAAGCAGUCAGCAUAUGACUCUAAGGCUGACAUCUGGUCUCUGGGCAUCACAGCCAUUGAACUGGCGAAAGGUGAGCCUCCGCACUCAGAACUGCACCCCAUGAAGGUUUUAUUCCUUAUUCCAAAGAACAACCCGCCCACACUGGAGGGCAACUACAGCAAACCGCUCAAGGAGUUUGUCGAGGCUUGUCUCAACAAAGAGCCCAGUUUUAGGCCAACUGCCAAAGAGCUGCUGAAGCAUAAGCUGAUUGUGCGCCACGCGAAAAAGACCUCAUACUUGAUCGAGCUGGUGGACAAGUACAAGAGGUGGAAGGCAGAGCAGGCCAGAGCCAAUGAGUCCAGUUCAGAUGAAUCAGACUCAGAACAGGAUGGACAGGCGUCAGGUGGGAACGAUUUCGGCAGCGAUGACUGGAUCUUCACCAUCAGAGAGAAGGACCCCAAGAAGCUGCAGAACGGAGAGGGGCAGUCUGGAGCAACAGACAAGACAAAAGACAUUCCAAAGAGGCCUUAUUCACAGAGCCUGACCACUGUCAUCUCUCCUGCAUUAGCUGAGCUGAAGGCGCGACAGGAGCAAGUGAAUGGUAACCCCAUGGUCCUGGAUGAGCUGCGGGAGGCCAUCUUACUAGCAGAGGAGGCUUAUCCCGGCAUCUCAGAUUCACUCGUGGCGCACAUGGUCCACCGACUUCAGAGUUAUUCGACAAGCAGGACGUCUUCCUCCUCUACCUAGUGAUCGCUUGGCUACCACAGACCAGCUUCUUUCCCCAAGCGCAACCCUUCACACAGCGGCCACGUUUGCCAGCAGGGGUCACUCUAAACCAGCUGAACACAAUUGACCACCUGCUUUUGAGAAAGGGUCAACCAAGCUUGUAAAAAAAAAAGAUACCGAACUCCAGACACUUCUUAGCAGUGCACUGAGAAACUCUUGGAAGGAGCUUUUUGUAGUUUUUAGACGGCGGAGCAACUCGGGACGCUUGUAGGCUUUGUCGGACUUUGUAAAUGCUCCACUUGCAAGACAAAACUCAAGAGCGCCUGAAAUUUUCUCGACAAAGAGCUGAAAAUUCUCCCCUAAUUCAAGACAAGAUUCCUCCACUCCUCCUCCGCUGAAUGCAGGCGUCAUCCCCAUAGGAAAGCAUGAUGAGUUGUGCAAAUGGGUGCGAGUGUGCUUGCGUGUGUGCUCUCCGACUCCCCCUAGAGGCAAAAAAAGAGCAUUCUUAUUGAAACCUCAGGUAAAGUGCUUUAAGUGGAGAGGAGGGGUCGCCAUGCUGUACCUGUACAUGAUUACAAGUAGUUUUUGUUUUGUUGCGGGGGGAAAAACAAAUCACUGUGUACAAAAUGGUCAUGUGCAUUUUGUAGAUACUGAUCAUGUUUCAAAAGUAGAUAUUUAAAAAUUUCAAGAACUCCAACAGAAAGAAACAGAAAAUGCCUUGCCUUUUAAGAUCUUCACAUCUUUAUUUUUGGCAUUUCUUUUCAUUUCACGUUUAAUUAUGUCUGUAUUUGUAUUUCCGUUCAGUAUUUCAGUGGUUCAGAAGCUGAUCCAAUUUAACAUUUCAGUCUCCUGCUGAGCAACAAAACGCACUGUUCAGGAGAUAUGACGAUCUUUUGUGUAGGCAGAGGGAGACUUUAUUUGUGCUGUUACCGUGUAGGCAGUUUUCAAUUGUGUAGAUGUUGUCAGAGGAGGUCAGCAGUGUUUCUGAAAUGACUUUGAAAGUGUCUACGAUUGACAUUUAAAUUCUCAUUAGGACAAAUUAUAAUGAAUGCCGCCAAGGACAAAAAGGCCUCUAUGGCUGACUGAAUGCUGAUCGCGAAGUAUUCUCCUUGCUUGUUAUUUUUCCUUAGCAUUAUUUAGAAAGUAAUGUGGAGGUGAGAACAUGUGGCAAGGACCAUAACAGGAAAUACGACAUCAGGCCAAAAAACUUGCCAAGUCCAGACGCCAUUUUGAUUUUUCUCUAAACAUUUCCUGUCUCACUUCCACACGAUGCUAGGAGUGCCAUGUCCUCUUUUAUCUCUCACCAGACGUUUGUAGUAUGAUUUGCACCUUUUUCUAAUUUCAGAUCCUGUUUUUUGCACUUUGAAAGUGUGUGAAGUAUUUUAAAAAAUCUGUAUUAGGAAAAACAAAUGAAAAAGUCGCUAAUAGCCAUGUUUUACUAUAUAUGUUUACUUAAGAGUUCCAGAAUUUACUACUGUGCUAAUGCAGCAAUAAUGUUGAGGAGUUGCUUCAAGACGCACUUGUCAACACAGGGAUUGAAAGAAAUAUCUGAUAUUUUUAUAACUGCAAAGAGUAAGUAUGGAUUAUGGAAUGCUUUAUGGAUAUGGGCAAAAAUAUCUAUACCUUACAGAAAACAUAUGCUACGGAAAUGACUACGAAAUCUGUACAUUUGGUCUCCUUUAUUAUAGCGGACAGUUUAUAGUACUGUAUAUAAUCUUUGCUUGUGUCAUCUGAGAAUUCCCAAGUUUAAAUGUAAGCUCCUUGUAAGCUUUCAAAGUGACAUGAGAAAUAAAGAUCUAAUGCUAACUAA